AUGCCCAAACGCGUCUCAUACAUGAGGAACAAUGUCUCUGUCCAGCCUUGUACUUUGCCUUACGCGCUUAUUUCAGUAGAAACUCUUCGCUCGUUACAAGACCCUCGUUCCGUGGCUCGAGACCUGGAUUUACAGAAAAAACGCACUUUCUUGCUGGCUUUGCAGUGUAGAUACAGCAUGGCGCCCGCCGCGCACCGUAGCCAGCACGGGCAGACCGUCACGCACAUCCGGCACGGGAGUUUACAGGACGUGAGUUCAUUCUCCGAGAUUGUCGUUCCUUUGAUAUCGGGGUUAGUGGGGGUUGACCAUGCACUUCUAUCAUCCUCGCUUCCACCUUCACUUCCACCUUCACUUCCACCUUCACUUUCAAGAACCGGACCAAUACCGCUUUCCUUGGCACCCGCGACAGACUCUCCAGCUCCGACACAACCUCCCGCUGCACCGAAUCAACGGCCGACGGCGAACUACUUCAGAUCUUCACCGCCAGCGCUUCUAUAUCCGCAACUGAUUGUCCCACGGCGUGUCUGCGAAUGCGCCAUGCAGCGCGAACCAGGACCGCUUACGACCCGCCCGAACGGCCCGUCCUGGAGUAUGCCGGUCUGGCUAACCAUUACCAUGUUCUCUAUACUCGCAACUGCGGCAGCAUGGAGCGUGAUCGUAUGCGCCAUCCACUGGAGAAGAGCGGCAACGGGAACGAGACGCGGACACCAACCGCCAAAGAACAAAAAGCACGCGAACGAGUGGAGAGCGUGGAUCGUGGGGAAAAUCAACCCGUUCGCUAGAGGAAGAGGGUACACCGCGCUUCUUGCAGCCGACGCCGGGCGCGAUGAGUGGAGUGCAGUGGCGCUUACGUCGGUGCACGAUGGCCCUGCGCGGCUUGCGUGCUCGUCACCGCUGAACCCGUACCUGGUGCCGCCAGACGCUCACGGGGACUUGGCUGGCCGCAGUGUGCGUCUGCGUGGCUCAGGCGAGUGGGCUGCUGAGCACCGCACGUUCUUCUUGGAGGCGCUUGGUCGUGGCGGUUCGGCUGCACAGUCGCGAGCGUCGAGCUCGACGCAUUCGCUACCUGGGUCGGAGCGGGACUAUGUCGAGUCUGAGGCGCGCGAGGCGCAGGGUAGACGGGCGUCGCUGGGUCGGGAGCUGGGGCGGCUGGGGGGCGAUGAGAUGCGGGCGAGCUGGGUGGAUGUUGGCUUGGCUUUGGUGGAUGGUGCUGUGGAUCGAGCUGCUGCUAGGAUUGUGCGGUGGGCAGAUGACGGUGGAGAGGAUAAAGGACUGGUGCUACCACUUGUUAAAGGCAAAACCGACUGA